AUGGACCGCAGCUGGGAGAGAGCCAGCCUUCCAUCGAAGUAUCGCCCGGACGACGAGGAGAUGGAGCGAUGGUCGAAGCGGUCUGACCGCAAACGAGCCGACGCCGGGGAAAGCCGCCCGUCACAGCGGGCAGAUCCGCCAAACCAUCGUGUAGCCGCCACGCUCCCGGGAGGCCACCACCACGUGCCGGACCUCCGCGCGCCGCCGCCCACGGCCAGAGCAACGGCUAUCCCAGGGCACUGCCCCGCCCACGCCGUCCACCUGGAUCCCACCGCCAGUUCCAGGACGGACGCGCCGCCACCCGCCUCGCAGCCUGAGCCGCACCACAGCGACGGGCGCGUGCUGCCCCGCUGGAUCCACACCGGCAGCAUGCACCCACCGCCCCCGCGCCCUGGCCCUGCGCCGUCAGCCAAUCCCGUGCCAGAUCUGGCAGGGAUAAGGUCAACCCGCCACCACCGAAGAUGCAGCCACCACACCACCAAGGAACAGCAAGGCACCGUCGCCGGGCUCCGCCGCCAGACGCCGCCUCACGCGCCCGCAGUUGUGCCGCCGAGCCCCGCAGCAGCCCGACGCCCCCGACGGCAGGUUGUCCCGCGCCAACCCGAGCCCCCGCGCGGAGAGGAAGAAGAGGCCCCGCCGCCGCCUACGCCGGCUGGGCUUCGCCAGGCGGCGGCGGGAGGGAGAGGGACGGGUCCGGAGGGCUAUGGAUUCCCCCGUCCGCUCGCGGGAGCGGAGCGGGUGGUCGGGUUAGUUAGCAGUGGGGAUUCUUUCAGUCACGCUAGGUCAUUCUAUCAGGGGGUUUCCUUUCCCGCCGGCGGGGAUGAUGAAGGAUAA